AUGGCUAGGACCCGUGCACCGAGCAAGGGAAGGCGGAAGAUUGAGAUGAAGAAAAUACAAAGUGAGGAUGCCCGCCAUGUGUGUUUUUCCAAACGCAAGGCGGGCAUCUUUGCCAAGGCUAGUGACAUCUCAACGUUAUGCGGGGUCGAUGUGGUUGUUAUGAUGUACUCACCGGCAGGUAAUCCUUAUUCUUUUGGUAGUCCUAGCGUCGAUCAAGUCGUGGAUCGAUUCCUACUAGGAAACUUGUUGCAAUUUGAUGCCAACACAAGCUUGAACCUAAACCAUGUCCACCAACAACUGAGCCAAGAGUACAUGGAUCUGUCAAACCAAUUGGAGGCCGCGAAGGAUAGAAGUGUCAACCUGAAGGAUCGAAUCGCCAAUGCCCAAACUCAAGAGUUUGAUGUCGCUAGAGACAUCAACAAGUCGAGUCUCGAACAAGUUGACCGACUCAUGAAUGGGUAUGAGCGACUAAAGGUAAAAACUGUGACUAGGAUCACAGAAAUACUUCGCGGUGAUGCUAACGCACCAAUGGUCGGGGGAAGUGGUGCUGCCUCAUCGAUCACCCCCAAUUAA